AUGGCUCACGGGUUUGAGAAAAAAAGGCAUGCAUCAGUGUUGGUGCGGAUAACAGAGGCGUCAGUGGUGCAGGUGGCGUGGGCGGCAGAGGUGCUGUUGGCGCGGGCGGCGGUGGUGCUGGUGGUGCGGGCAGCAGGGGUGCCGGUGGUGCGGGCAGCAGGGGUGCUGGUGGUGCGGGCAGCAGGGGUGCCGGUGGUGCGGGCAGCAGGGGUGCUGUUGGCGCGGGCAGCAGUGGUGCCGGUGGUGCGGGCGGCAGUGGUUCUGCUAGUGCGGGCGGGAAUGGUGCUCGUGGUGCUCGUGGUGUGGGCGGCAGUGGCGCCGGUGGUAGUGGCAGUAGUGGUGUUCCUAGUACGGGUGGCAGCGCCUCUGGUGAUGCGGGUGGCAAUGCUGCCAGUAGUGCGGGCGGCAGAGGUGCCGGUGGUGCCGUUGGUGCGGGUGCCAGUGGUGGCGGUGGUCUGA